AUGAGAAAAACUUGUGCUUUUAUAUUUGCCUUGCUAAUUAUUGCUAAUGCUACUAAAUUAGAAAAUUUGUGUGCCAGGUCUGACUAAUUGGUUAAAGACUGCGAACCAACAGCAAAACCUGUUUGUGGUGUCUCUAUUUCUUCUAAUGGUUAAGUAAGAACUGACUUCAUUAACAAGUGUACUGCUUGCAAAGCUGUAGAAACUGAGUUUGUAGUUGAGGGGCCCUGCAAUUCCUACCCAAAAACUGGAAGCUUCUGUCACCCUAAGCAAAAUACAUUUAAAUAUUGUCCAUAAGUAAUCAUACCUACAUGUGCUGUAUUUGAAGAUUAAUCUAACUGUAAAAAUCCUCCAUGUGGAUAUGAUGAUGCAAUCAAUACUUGUUAUGCUUGUAUGUCAUCUGACAUAGCUUUAGCUUUUACUGGAAAAUGUCAUUAAGAUUGA